AUGGCUGGUACUUAUGACACAAAACAACAAAGAAUUAUCGACAAAAUCAAAUGUAUUGCUUUUCGUGAAACUCGGGAUGGCGGUGCAACAUUUAUUAAUCGACAAUGGAUUGCAGACAAAAUUCAUCGUACUACGCGAUUUGUUACAGAAUGGUGGGAAAAGUCAUAUGAUAAUUGUUUUGCUGAUUAUUCCAAAUCUGGUCGUAAACUUAAACUAUCAGAUGAAAAUAGAAACCUCAUUCAUAGUGCAAGUGGCAAACAAAGAAAAAGUACUUACGUUAUGGUGAAAGAAAUUGCAGAAAAACACAAGGAAUAUGUUGUUCCAAAAACAAUUGCCAAUUAUCGUCAUAGAGAAGGAAUAAAGCCAUUUCAUGUUAUUCCAAGACCAUUAAAAACAGAAACUCAUAUCUCAGACAGGUUGUGGUUUUGUGAUUGGUUAAAAGAUUGGACUCAAGAGGACUUUCUCCAUCUUGCACCAUCGGAUGAAUUUUAUGUUUGGAUUGUUCGCAGGCCAAAUUAUCGGAACGAUCGAGUUUGGGCAAAAAGUAUUGAAGAUAUUGAAGAUGAUGAAAGAUAUCGUGAAAUGGUUAAAAACCAAGCAUGCAUUGGCAUUUUUAUCAUUUUCACUGCCAAAAAGUUGCAUUGGGUACUUAAAGAUAAAGGUGAAUCGUGGUCUGGCCAAUAUUUUCGUGAUACUAUUUUAAUGCAACACGUGUUUCCAUUCCUCAAAGAUGAAGAAAAUGUAAUCGAUGUGGAUGAUGUCAUAUUUGUUCAUGACAAGGCACCAUGUAUGCGGGCAAAUAUGACUCAACAUUUACUUCAAGACAAUAACAUCAAUUUUUGGGGAAACGACACCUGGCCUGGAAAUUCACCUGAUCUGAAUGCAGCUGAACAUAUUGGAGCAAUAAUUAAAAACGAAGUAGAGUAA